AUGCUAACAGUCGUGUUGAAGCAGCUCCCGACCUUCCGCCGCACCUCCUGGUGCCAGCCCGCGUGGGCGGCCAGAUCCCGCAUCACAUACUCCUUAUCGUCGAGGGUCAGGGGACCCCUUAUAUAUUCCCUCACGUCCAUAAUAUGGCCCGUAUCGGUUUCUGGCUCCGUAGAGCGUGAUUUCCAAGCCGGCGUCGAUAUGCCGGAUCUUGACGUCCGUGCCGUCCCGGCUGUCCACGGCGUUCGUACUGUCGCCCAGCCGGAUUCCGCACCGCCGGAAGGCACUGCGCCACUCCUUGGGCGUGCCCACGUUGGCCACGAUGGCCAGGGCGUCGAGGGGGCCCGUAAGUUCACUCCAUACAUCAUGAGGAUGUCUAGCUCCUUUAGCGGCAAGAACGCCUCUGCAGAUGAGCCCUGCUGA